AGACUACCCAGCAAACUUUGCAUCACAUGAAAGAACACUGUUUUGCCGGACAUCACCAUUUGACGGAGGAGCGUCAACAUUCGGAUGGUAUGGAGGAUUUGACUGGGAGAGUGACUAUGAAGCUACCCCAGAAAAGAAGCAGGGACCUUGUCCUCAGCAUCGACCUCGUCUAGGGUCAAUACCUGCUGCUCCUCCAGUGCCAGUUGCUGAACUACAACAAAUCAAGCAUCAGCAGUCACAAAUUACUGCAGUAGUCAACAGCCUAGCUGGGAGGGUGAAGAACAGUGUGUCCCAACCAGAGAUGCCAGAGACCUUGCAUUUCCCACUGAGUAGACUUGGAGAUGUGACAGCACUUGAACAUUGGCUUCAAGAUGGCACAAAUGCCAGGCUCAAACAUAACAUGAUUUCUGCUCUUGCAGCCAUUGGUGGACAUGAUACGGAAAGAGUAACAUGGAACAUUCUAGCACAUGUUUUCUGACUGUUGCUAAGAAGAUAACUGGAAAAGGGUGAAUGGAAAAAUUACUUUUAGCCAGAUGACGACAAAGGCUAUGCUCCAACAUGCCCUCCUCACCAACCGUGUCUACCGUGAUUUGAAUCCCCUCUUCCUUCUCUUCCUCUUACUCCACCUCUGUCAUGUCCCAGCUUCUUCAAGUGGAGAUCCCCAACUUUGGCACCACGGUGCUGGGCUCUCUCAACGAACAGCGUCUCCUGGGCCAUUACUGUGAUGUUUCCAUCCUAGUUAAAGGCCAGGCUUUCAAUGCUCACAGGGCAGUUUUGGCUGCCAGCAGUCUGUAUUUCCGUGAUCUCUUCAGCAGCUCCUUGAAGACCCAGUUUGAGCUGCCUUCCUCUGUCACCCCCGCUUGCUUUGAGCAGAUCCUUUCUUUCUGCUACACCGGCAAGCUGACCAUGGCUGCUAGUGAACAACUUGUGGUCAUGUACACAGCCGGCUACCUACAGAUACAGCAUAUUGUGGAGAAGGGGAUGGACCUGAUGUUUAAAGCAAAUUCUCCUCACUGUGAUUCCCAGACAGCUGGUUCCUUAGAGGAAACAGGCUCAGAACCGCAAAGUCCCAGUAAUAACGGUAACAAUAAUCCAGCUGCUGCCGUUUUGGGACCACAGGGCUGGUCGCCUUUGCUAGGUGCCAGGAAGAUCAAGCAAGAAGGACCAGACGCAAGUCCUUUAGGACUGUCCAUCAUGUCCCAUCAGAAAAGGGGGAGUUCCUCAUCUAGUGAGCUGGCAGGAAGGUUGGCGAGAGCAAGUUCACUGUUUUACACGGCAGCAGGUGGGACCGCCAUCUUCCCAGGAAUGCCGUCAUAUCCACUUGGAGGAGGGGCCGGGGCUGAGAGGUCCAGCCCAGGGGCAUCCAGCCUGCCCAUGACGGACAGCCCAACGUCAUAUCAUAAUGAGGAUGAGGAGUUUGAGGAGGAGCAGUUUGAUGGAAUCACAGAAGAUGCCUAUGGUCAUCUGUAUGGGCGAUCAGCAAACCCCUAUGGUACCCAGGACAAGCCGGAGAUGGCAUCCAUGCCCCUGGCCCUGGAGAACCGCUCCUGUGUGCUGAUCCGCAGGGACCUGGUAGCACUGCCCGCCAGCCUAAUCAGCCAGAUAGGUUACCGCUGCCACCCCAAACUUUACACAGAGGGAGACCCUGGGGAGAAGCUGGAGUUGGUGGGAGGAACAUCUGUGUUCAUGACACGGGGCCAGUUGAUGAACUGUCACCUGUGUGCUGGUAUUAAGCACAAAGUCCUGCUGCGUCGCCUGCUUGCCACCUUCUUCGACAGGAACACAUUGGCAAACAGUUGUGGAACAGGCAUUCGAUCCUCAACCAGCGACCCGAGUAGGAAACCUCUCGACAGCCGGGUACUCAAUGCUGUCAAACUUUAUUGUCAGAACUUUGCUCCAAACUUUAAAGAGAGUGAGAUGAACGUCAUUGCUGCCGACAUGUGUACCAAUGCGCGGCGUGUCCGCAAGCGCUGGCUACCCAAGAUAAAGUCAAUGCUUCCCGACGGCAUGGAGGUCUACCGAGCUGGGAUGGGGGUAGGGGCCGGGGUGGGGCUGGGUCUAGCCUUGGGAGUCUCCCAAGCUGGAGUAGCACACCCCUUUGAGUCCCUGACCCCUUCUGGCCUAGCUCUGGAGCAAAGGCUGUUCCAGGAGAGAAAAGACCCACUCAGGACUCAUCUUCUGUUGGGUGAAAGUAGCCCAGGGUCUGGGGUUCCUGGAGGUGAGGGCGAGUCUGAGAUGAUGGGUCAGGAGGAGCAGGAGGAAGAGGAGGAUGAGGCAGGGUUGGAGGCUGUGGACGGGACAUUGAGGGCAGUGGCUGUGAUUCCAGGAGGUGAGGCUGGGCACGACACAUCCCCAGUACAAGAAGGGGAGGAGUUUGCAGAGGGCCUAAGAAAUAAUGAACAGUGAAUGCAAUCAAUUUUUUUGUUGUAUCAUACUUUCACUCACUCGGUCUUUCGCUCCUUAACCUCUCCUUUUCUCUGCGCUUUCCAAAGGGAAUUUCUUUGCACAAUAUGCAAUGCUGGCAAAAAUUUAAGAACUGUAAGAAUGCCACAUUCACAUACAGUACACACAUAAACAUGCACACAUACAUCAAAUUUUAACAAAAAUGAACAGACAGGCAUAGAAGAGAGGAUGUAAAUGUAUAAAUGUCAUUCCCUUGUCCUGUCUCGGUAACAGUUACUUUUACCAAGACACCGUGGUAACAGUUACUUUUUGCCUACUCUCUGGAGAGUGGUGCCAAUAGAUAGGAAUUGGUCAAAUGAUAUGCCCCUUUCUAGGAAAGCGGCCCAGCUUCUGAAAAUAACGACUGUAACCUUGAAAAGACCCUACUGGUUAUGUGGCCAACUGAACUUGCAGUUCCCUGAAGAAGUGAUAUAGUAGCAUGAGACUAGCCCACUCUGUAAGACAUAUCACACAUUUACUUUAAAUGUUAAAUUAAAUUGUGUGCAUAGGGUACCCAAUUCAUUUAAUAACUUUUACAUGGAGACAAAAACAGCAUGUGAUACUUAAAUGGUAGAGUAAAGGUAGUAUACUACCAUCUAAUAGCUUGAGGAUAAUAUUCAAUAUGAAAAUAUGAAGGACUUUUUGUCUGUUAAUGGUUUACCCUCACGACAUGUUGAAUUAGAUCAUCAAUGUGAAGCCUGUAACACACACACAAACACACACACACACAGACACACACCUUAUAGUCUUAACUCCAGUAUCCAUGAGUCUGAGACAAGACAGCUAAUUGUGCUAGCUACACUUUUACUUUUUCUUUUUCAAUAGAACAGACCAUAAUACACACUUGUAAUACAGGCUUAGAAUGGCAUAAAUUAUACAAACAUAAACAAGAACAUAUAAACACAAAGCUUGCAUGCAAAAUUUAAAUAGAGAAUAGUACCAGAGAAAACAACAAGUCACUAAUCAAGGUGGAUCCAGAAGAGAAACAGUUUCCGUUGGCAGAAGAUAGAUCACUUUACAUAAAUAUGCGACCCUGGGAAGCCAGGAAUGACCUGGUUAUCACAGGUUUGACCAGUUUAAGAGUUUAACCCAGGUUUGCCCUGAGAUUGGUCCUUGCCAAGAUCUAAUAUUUACUAUCAGUUUUACCUGGCUUUGUCUUAAUAUGGAAGAUACAAGAUACAGUACACUUAAAAUGGGAGUACUAAACAGAUACCAUGCGUAGUAGUGUACACUACCAAGUGUUGUAAGUGAAAAGCACUGUUUCACUACAUCUCCAUGGAAGAACAGGCACAAAGAACUACAGCACCCAUCUUUGUUGGGGAGUUUGGGGAUCAUGCGGGGUGAAUAAUUGACACAAAUGACACAAAUUGACACAUAUUGCUGGCUUGUUGCUUUAUCCCUUGAUGAGGUUAAGGAGUGAAGAUGGCUAUAUGGAAUUUGAAAAGUUACAUAAGAAUGCACCCUUUUCUGCUAGUAUUUGUCCAUUCUCACUCUAAUCUUGUUGACAUUUUAAGAGGGGGAGGGUGGAUAAGGUACCCAUAGGUACCAAAAUUCAAGGAUAAAUGUCUACCUGAUCAAAGCUUCAAAUCUGGUUCAGAUCUUUUUGGUUAAAAUUAAAGUGGAGGGCACCCAGGAAUAUAAACUAAGAAAUGUUUAAGACAAAAAUGUUAACCCUUGCUUUAAAAUUAUGUUAACUGCUUGCUGGAUAGGGAGUUUGGUUGAGUAAAUAUGGAUAGUCUGGUUGAAUGAUGCAAACAACAUGUACUCAGCUGAUUUAAGUCUAAGAUGACUUUUUUUCAUUUACAUUUUCAUUUGACUGUGCACUACAAGACCUGAUAUAAAAAAUCAAAAAUGCUCAACUGACUUGAUCUAACAAUAUAGAUACAGUAUCCCCCCCCCCCAUGUUUUGUAUAUAUAUAUAUGUGUGUGUGUUGUAUAUACGUAAAUUCAAAGGGUGGGCCAGUUUUGUUAUUUUAAUGUCUGUAUGCUAUCUGUCCGGUGUAUGUUUUUUGGGGGGAAGCUUAAAGAUGGUCCUGUUUCUAUGAUAAGGAGCACAGGGUUGAAAUUGCACUAUAGGUAAAGAGAAAAAUGUUUACAGGAGUCUUUCUUGGAGAAAUGUGAUUUACUUUGGAAAGUUGGGCCGGGAGAGGGUGGGGUUGCAGGUCUUAUAUUGUGGGUGAAUGUGUAUUGUAACACUUCCAUUACUUGGUAGGGUACAUUUGGGAACUCUAUUUGCGACAAGAUAAAACACUUUUCUAGCUGAUGAAACACAGUAUUGUCUCAUCAAUCGCUGGAGAGUAAUGUUGAUGCCUUUUUGUGACAGUACGAUGUAGUGUACAAUGUGGUCUUAUCAUGUGUGACUGAAGCUUGAGUGAUCUCAAGCACUGAGAAGGGCUGUAACUUUGAAUGGGUCUUUAAUGUGAUUUAUUAUAUCCACUAAUCUGCCAAAUAUACAAAUAAUUCUAGACUAGCCAGAUAUGUGGGCUAAAAUAGGUUGUGCACCUUAUCUUAUUCUACUCAUAUUUAAACAAGAAACCUGCUCUCAUACCUUUUAGAAUGAGUGAACGUGUUUCUCAAUAGAAAUAUUUAAAUAUCUGUCAGAAAACGUCAAAUUAGGACCCAUACAUCAGUUUUUAAGUAACUGAUGUAUUACAUUUUCUUGUAGACAGUCAAUAACAAAAACAUGACAUUGAUGAGUUGCAUGGGCUAGUUUUUAAAUGUAGUUAAUUUGGGUUGAAGUACAAAGGAUAGGAAGUGUUUAGGUUUCACCUGUUGUGAUGAUAUGUGGGGUGAGAGAAGUGCCUUAAUCGAGACUGCAGGGUGUGAGAAUGUUCUAAACACUGUUUGUAUUAUUCUGUCAUUGACAACUAAAUGGUAUUAGAGUUAUAAGAGUUGUUGUAUUCUAAUGGUUGUUUUUCAAAGCUAUUUGCUGCAUAGUUUUAUGCUAAGAGGUAAUGAUAAAUAUUGAGAUUUCAAUGGUAGACUAUGGCAAUGACUUUGACUAAGGCUGGGAUAUGGGAAUUUAUUUUACCUUUACGGCAGCUAUAGGCAAAACGUGAAGAGAAGCAAGUCGGAUAAAGACGGUUCAGAUCAUCUGUGUGCCCUCUCCAAUUGUUGCUAACUAUUUAUCAAUUUGAGAACAUACUGUAUACUGUUUAUGUAUGCAUGGGCACGCUUGUAGAGGUCAAGGGAUUCUCACAGACACCAAUGAGUGGUAUAUUAACAUGCACUAUGUUGUUACAUACUCUUAAGUUAAUAUAUCAGUCUAUUCCACUGGUCGACCAUGGUAUAGACAAUCUGUGACUGACAAGGCAAUUGAGUUGUAGAGUGAAACAAAAAUAUAAUGGAGACUAUACCCAUAUGAUUACUUCCAAGUCAGACUCAAUCAAACCUGCUCACACACAGUAUGUAAACUAGAACAAUUUAAGUUUAGCCUUGGAGUAAAAUACUGGAGUUUGUGCUCAUCCAUAGGAACUCAUUUAUGUAAAUAUUCUUGGUUCAUUGCCUUGUUAAUUAUUUGGACUAGCUUGGAUCAAAUUUGAUUUCUGCUUGCCUUAUUGCUUCUUCUGUAACUGGUCUACCCACAAAAAGUUUAAGAAAACUACCCUCAUAAACAAUUUACUCUCUCCCAUUUAUGUUUCAUUGGGUGUAGUUGGAAACUGAUAAUAUGUUGCACCAGAAACUCAGAGAAACUCAGAGAAUGGCUAACCUUAAAGAGAAUGAGCACUGUUUGUGGUGGCUGCAAAAAAAGUAACAUUUCCCAGUAUGUGAAUAUUAAGAUGUACUAUUUGAAUAAUGUUUACUUUAUUGCAAAACAACUAGAAGCACUAUAUUAAAUACAAAUUAUCAUCAAUUGCUAUAUAAAAUCAUCACUUCAACUAUAUGCGCCAUGAGCAAGAGAACAUAUGGGAUUGUGGGAUUGUGUUGGGUUUGUCAGCCUUCCAAGUUCUCAAUUCACUAUCCCCACAGUACAGUGAGCUGCUAGGUGACGUGUUCUCACAAGUAACUGCUUUGUUGGCGGUUAAUCCAUUUCCACACUAUUUGGUUGUAACACCCCUGUUGUAGUGGCUUUUGGCCCUAAAGGAUCAACCAUUUUGAGCAAAUCCCUCACAAAAUCCUCAAUUCUGUGUUUCUUCAUAGAGUCAGUCGAGAUAACAAGAAGCUUUUGUUUAAUGAAAUACCUGUAAUAUAAUGCAUGUUCAACUUCAAAAAUCCGGCAGUCCAAUCCAUGGAAAUGUCUGACCUUGAAAACUCUACCAUCCAUUUUAUUUCAAAUGUAUAGCUCUUUGCUAUGAACCGCUAUUAGGAGUGUGCAAUCCUGCUGUGAGUGAGUAUCCAUUUUGUGUACUUCAUUAUACCGUAAAGACCCUCUUUCUGACGGUUUACAUUAACCCACCCAGCUCGCGGCAUAAUAAACACGACAGUUAGGUUGUUAUAACCGUGUGAGAUUUAUGAAGACUGACUACUGCGUAAUGUACGUGCAUGUGAACACUUGGCAGUCUUGGAAUAUAACUGCACUAUUUGUUUGUAUGUCUUUAGAUGUAAUGCCAGCACUUUAGAUAUUUAGAAGAAAACUAAUCUAUGAAUAUUGUCUAAUGGUCGGACUAAAUAUAAAAAGAACAACCUUUAGAGCCAUGUGCUCAGAGCGCUGACAAUCAGAAUGGGAAUAAGAACCAAGUGCACUAUGGGAGAUCUGUUAUGAAGGCUCCUGCAACUUCCUGCCUUGUUUUUUUCAGCUUUUCUAUUGGUUUCUCCAGACCGGGGGCUUGUGAAUGUGACUAAGUCAAUGCCAGCCAAGAGUCCACUUAGUAAUAAUCUCCACCUUUUACUGAGAACCCUCUUCAGCAUUGUUUUAGGGUCAAUGUUUUGAAGUGUUCAAUGAUUAGGAUGGGGGUAGCCUAAACUGAUCAUAGACCAGCAGCAGGCUUCUCUUGGGUAUAACAGUGUAGUUUGAUGGCUUCAGAAUCUGUUAAUACGGGUGAAUUCAGAAUAGAAAAGACAAAAUAUUUUUUCAUCAUACAGUAGUGACAAAUACACACACAUGCAGGGAGUGGCAACACUGGGAACACACACGCAUGCAGGAGUGUCCACUGUAGAAAUGUGUUUUCUGCAUUUUUCCCCAUCCUUGCUGUCCUUCCACCAAGGACAGCUAGGAGCAGUGGGAAGCCCUAUCAAGCGACGCAUGGGGACCAAGUCUGUCUGCUCAUGCCCCAUGUCUUGGUCAGGGAUAUGGCAGAAGAGCCAUCUCUAAUGUUUUGCAUGUUUUUGUAUUGGGAUUCUUUGUAGAAAUGUAAACUUCGUCUGACUUCGUCUGGGAGAUAGCUCACCUGAGCACCAACAGGCCUGGGGAGAACAUGUCCCAUUGUCCCAUGCAGGGAUAGAACCCAGGACCUUCUUGCUGUGAGACGGCAGUGCAAAGCACCAUGCCACGUUUACACCAGAACCUCUUUUUUAAGUUAAACUCCUAUGGUUAAUACUCUCACAUGGAUAAACUAAUAGAUCCUGGUCCUGAUACUGAUUAAUAAUUGCAAACAUUUUAUUUUGGGUUAUUUGGUGGUAAAUUAUGGCUCUUAUGUCUCUAGUGGUUAUAAACAUGCCCUUUAGGUAUACUUUGACUCAUCAUAUGGAGAAGCUGUGAAUAUUAAUCGGCUAUAGUACUUCCAAUGUUUCAGAAAGCGGCAAAAUGACUAGCAAUGUUAAAUCCCCAACCCACUUUUCACCAGAAAGCAUUUCAUGAAAACAAAAACGGGCGGGCAAAAUCUGGAAUUGGGAUGUUUGGUUACUCUUUAAAGUAACCCUCAAGGUUUGACUUUAUUCAGUACCCAUACCUAUUACCUUGUGAUCUGGGACGAGAGUUGGAAGGACAUCGGGUUUUGCACACUCUGUGACUGCUUUGUACUUUUAAAUAGAAAAUUGCAAAAAUGUGUAUGCGCCUUCUGACUCAAGUACCAAUAAUACAAGUGAAACGUAAGAUACCACUUUUGAUGUUGCAUUAAUUGUCAAUUAUCUUCAUUCCCAUUAUUUCCUUCCAUUUAGUUGACAUUGUGUAGUUCAAAAGUAACAGAUUUCUUUCAAAUACAAUACUGAAAUGUUUGCUUUCUAAUAAAACUCAUUACUUCAUCAUA